AUGAAGAUAUGUCUACGCUUUCUCGGUGAUCCUGGAUAUCAACAAGGUAUUGGUCAGGAACUUUGUGUUAGUCAAGCAACGGUAUCUCGGACUGUAGAUAAAGUUGUGAACAGCAUAGUUGCACAGUCGAACGAAUGGAUCAAGUUUCCAACUACCAACCAUGAACUGAUGGAAGCAAAACGGAUAUGGCAAAGCAUAUAUAAAUUUUCGACAGCAAUUUAUGUAAUUGAUUGUACACAUUUAGGAAUCCUGAAACCAAAUCGCCAUGGAGAUGAGUCUAUCAACCGAAAAGGGAAACCUACUUUAAAUGUGCUAGCCACUUGUGAUGCAAGAGAGAUGGUCACAAGUGUUGAUGUCAGUUGGCCUGGAUCAAUGCAUGAUUCCAGAAUAUGGUGA